GUCAUCCUUCAGAGUCUCUGCCGAAGUGCAAAUCUCACACUCUUGACCUCUCAACUAGUAUAGCUGGCAAGUCAGAUAAUCCUGCACCUCAACUGUCUGCUUUCGCCACCGCACGUGUUAUUGGCAAAGGAGCCCGCACUCCUUUCGGUGAAAUGGGUAUCCCUCUUGAACCCGUCGCGCCAACACUCUGGGACAGGAAAGCCAUCGCGAAUGUCGAUCAAGACUCUCCUGAGAUCAUUGACCGUAAACUGAAAUUUUUGCUAAACAGACUUACGAUAGAGAAGUUCGACUCCAUCUCCGAUCAAAUUAUCGCUUUGGUGAACAAAUCAGAGAAAGAGAAGGAUGGACGAACGUUGAUUCAAGUCAUUCGUCUCGUAUUCGAGCAAGCAACCGAUGGGGAAAAUCAAUCAGAGAUGUAUGCUCUUCUUUGUCGAAAAAUGAUGGAACAGAUUAGUGCCAACGUUCAGGAUGAUAGCAUUAGAAAUGCGGAAGGGAAGCCCAUAGCUGGCGGUAAUCUCUUCCGCAAGUACCUGCUCGAUAGGUGUCAGGAGGACUUCGAACGUGGCUGGUUCAAUAAAGAGGCUACUGCUGCCGCUGCUGCCACGAAGGUGAUAGAGGAACAAGCACUGAAAGCUGCCAAUACGACAAAAGGGGAGGAAGAGGUUGCCCUAUACUCCGACGAAUAUUACGCUGCUCAGAAGGCGAAACGUCAGGGUCUCGGUCUCAUCAAGUUCAUUGGUGAACUUUUCAAACUGCAGAUGCUUACGGAGCGUAUUAUGCACGAGUGUGUCAAGAAACUUUUGGGCAACGUGGAGAACCCAGAAGAAGAAGAAAUCGAGUCGCUGUGCAAGCUUCUCAUCACUGUUGGCCAGAUGCUUGAUACGCCUAAAGCUCGUGCGCACAUGAAUGUUUACUUUGACCGCAUGAAGCAAUUGGCGAAGAGUACCAAUGUCAACUCCCGUAUGCAAUUUAUGUUACAGGUAUGAUAAAACCUCGGUUUCAUUCUGGAAUAAUCUUCUGAUGCGUUUUCAGGAUGUUAUUGAGCUCCGUGAGCGGAAAUGGCAGCAGGGGAACGCCGUCGCUGCACCUACUACGAUCGCUAAAAUUCACGAAGCAGUGAGUGCCCCUGACCUUGACAUCAGUUAUCUUUAUCG